CUCCUUCGCCCACUCACUUCACUCACCCUCACCUCUUGACCUCCCCGUCUCCAAUCCUCACCAUCGACAUCCGCGCUUGAUCCUCCUGCUCCCUUGGAGAUGUCCUUCUCUCCCCUGGCUCUACCGACGGCGCUGACGGACCGGUAUGUCGCCUCCCCUGGCACUGCCUCCUGGACGGUUCCGCACCGCUGCAUGAGCACCUCUCGCGGCACAACCUCUCCCUUUCCUCAUUCCUCACCUCUAGCCAUGGCCAAGGACAUCAGAUCCUUGUCGCCGCUCUCAGCAAGCUCUCAAGCUAGCACAACCUCUUCCUCUCUCUCACCCCUACUCGUAGCCAACCACUACAUGCGCAAUCGUUCCAGCCUCAUUUCUGCCAUCUCCACCCCCCGCCUCUUCUCCACUGCUCCUCCCACCGGUCCUACUCCACCCCCUCCCAACCCCGCACCACCAGGAGCCAGUACUGCCGGUCCAGCAGCACCUGGAACAGCGAGUGCAGCCCGUCUUCCCGUCUCCUUCAAGAAUUACCCAGCUCGGUAUGCCCUAGCAUUUGUCGCUAUCCACCCAACGAUUGCCUGGGGUUUGAUGACGCCCAUGUAUCUCCUUUGUCACUAUACUUCUCUCUCUACCCUUCUCCUUGCCGGACCGGGAGGAGGAGCAGUACUCAACACACGCAUCCCAUCCUUUCUCCCCGCUAGCGCAAUCUACGCUCUCAGAGAGACACGCGCUAGACACCAACUACACAAUCCUGGUGGGAGCGACCCCACUGUGGAGGAAUGGAUGGAGAUGGCCAUUCGGAAGUUCGCUUCUUCCUCUUGGCAGGUAGCAAAAGGCAUUCGCAAUUUAGUGACAAAUGUGAAGGGAUCCGUCGAUGGAGAUUUCUCUCCACCGGGGUUCGAUUUGAAGACGAUGAAGAGGGUGCAAAAAGUGGCUGCUGAUGUUCAGGCGCAAGGGUUGGAUGGAUACAAGGGAGAUGCUAAUGAGAAGAAGAGUUGGUGGCAUGGAUAUGUCAAGAAUAGGGCAGAAGAGAUUAGGUUCAGGGAAGUAGCUGAUGGGGUAGCUGCGUACAUCUUGAUCAAGGCCCUGCUGCCUCUUCGAAUCCCGCUGUCUCUCUGGCUGACGCCCAAAGUGGUCAAGAGGUUCAUCUAACAAUUUGUCCACCGCCCUGGCGCGCUGAACGCUUUCAUGUCUUUCGUCUGCGUCACUUGAG